CUGACAUCGUCGGCGAGGUUCCUCCCUAAAAAGGCUCCGCGUUUCCAAAGCUGCCCCAAGCCGAAGCCAUCAUGGCCAGUCAACCCCACAGAAGAAAGGGUGGCCGCAGUCGACAGCCCGACGCGACCAACCCCGCCGGAGGUGUACAAGAGCCCAAUAGAUCAUACAGAUAUCAUAAUUCGCGUCAUCCUCUCCCGGCCCGUCCUGAUAUGCAUGGCCCCGGCGCUCCGCCUGGCUACGAUUUUGCCUUGCCACAGCCAAUCCCACAGCCCGAGUGCAACGCAAUGAUGGCCCACGGCAUGCAAAUGAAUCACCAGCGGAGGGAAAUGGAGAAUUGGAACCGAAUGUAUUUAGAACAGGGCCGAUUCCCGGAUUCUCAGCCAAUGUACCAAGGACCUGGCCUAGCUCCAGCUGGUCAACCUUAUCCUGAGCUUCGUGGUUCUGAUCCAAGGGAAUGCGGUCUUCAGGCGCCGGGUGGAGUACCCUAUUCCGGCCCCGUUGGAGAUUCCGUUGGCGUCUAUGGAUAUCCUUUUCAACCAACAUCUUCGUCGAUGCCUCCUCGAAACCCUGAAGAUUUUCUCAGACUUCGGAUGAAUGGAAGCAAUGGAGGCGCUGUCAGGUCUAUUCUUCGCGGAGAUGCGCCAGAGUUUAUCCCUCGCAAGAAGCCCUUGGAGGAAAUGAACCAGGUCUUGAUUGUCAGCAGUACUUGGCCUGCGGGGUCGCGAGGACUGUGAGGCUUUGGUGACUUUUCCGGAUUCAUCGAUUAACAUGGCUGCGUUGUUCCGGUGUGUUAGAGAUACCCAGGGCUGAUUGUUAUCUUCAUUCACGCUUUGCUUCUCUCUGGAGAUAGUCUUCACGCAUGUUGGAGCAACGUGGCAGGUUGAAUAUCUGGAUUGGGUUUCUUUUGCUUGCUGUUCCCUUUGAUUGAUGCGGCGCUAGAUGGCUGACAGGUGCUUUCGGGUUUACGUGGGGUUCAGUGGGGUUCUCAUGGCUUAAUCUUGCUAAAUAAUUUUCAG